UCACUGUCAUUGAAGGAGACCGCCGACUUUGUGACUCCAACAAAGAAACCAAGGCUACCCAAAGGUAUAAGCACUCCUUCCACUUCUGCUUCAGUCAUCGUUUUUAUUUCGGACGAUGAAUCUGACUCUGAGGUAACACCAAAGAAGCCAAAUGGAAAAAGUAUUUCUCUAAGUUCUGUUGACAAGGUUGUUUUGAAGUUUAAGCUACCUACUGGUAUGGAAUACGACGAUGAGCAAAUCCAGCUUGCUCACUAUAUAUUUUUAGCCAAUCUUCCACCUGACGAAGUAUUGGUCAAAACCUCAAACAACUCUUGUACCAGGAAGUCAUUGUGGUCCUUAAGCCCUCGCUCAUUCGUAAAUGCUGAAGUUAUAACAGCGGUGGCCUGCCGCUUGACUCUCGAAGAGUUGUGGACAAAUUCUAAGGACGGAAAAGGAGUGUGCUAUCUGCCUGCUGAACUACAGGAACUAGUGAUUUCAUGUGGAAUAACACCCAAGAGGGCAUUAGACCUAUACGAAUCAAAAUUCCUUAGUCGAACCAAUAUGGUGAACAAGGUGUGUGUUCCGAUGAGAGAUAAUGUUCAUUGGUACUUGGUUGUCAUUAAGUUGGACAAGGAAGAAGUCCAUAUCUUGGAUCCACAACCAAAUGAAGACCGCAAUUCCUUUCGACUAAGAUCUGUUCAAACAAUGAUUUAUGCAAGCCUUGUGGAAGAUUCUCUAUCGUGAACAAGGUCCGGGAUUGUCGCCACCAAGGAUUGUGGAGUUUUCGUACACAAAUCCUUCAAAGGAUCAAGAACAACUUCAUCGAUCGUCAAUCCCCAUUUCAAUUCUCCCCCCGCAGCAAUGGCGAACACUGAUUGCGGAACCCUUUUAGGCUAAUGACGAGAACUCUGUAUCCAGGAUUUGGGGUUGGAAUUGCACCGGUUCUUUGCAAUUAGGGUUUGUACGGCCUGCUCCCUUUCAAUCGUGGAGGAUUGCCGCCCCAGACCAUAUGCUUGGGUUGUCAACCGGCAGCUGGAAGUCUCUCCUUAGCCAUCGAUUUCGGCCCACCAUUGCAGGGUCUCCCAAUUCUCGGUUUUGCCAGAGUCGUUAGAUUAUAGUUGUCGUUUCUCCUUCCUACAGCACUGGGCAAGUCGAUCUGAAGAACUGUUCCGUGCGGCAAAGACUACAGGUUUCCUGUCCAGCCCGGAAGUUCGAUGGCGAUUUGCCUUAUUGGAUGUGCUUCCCUGGAUUGUCAGCACUAUAUAUUAUUAGCUUACAGUUGGUUUUGUAUUUCAGCAUCGCUUCGAGCAAGAUAUGGUGCUACUGAUUGUCGUUUAUCAGUUCUAUUGAACUCUGCGUGCUGUCUAUAAUUAUCACAACAUAAGCUGAACAUGGAUAUGGAUACUCCUGCUUCCAAAGCCUUUUGUGUCUGGGGGGUUCCUACAAAGUACAACAACGUUAUGUGGAUUAAUUUAUUAAAUGUGUAUUCCAG